GAGUAAUGUUUCAUCGGACUCUGAAAGAAGUAAAGAUAUUUCUGAUUCAGAUGAUACACAAAAAAAAUUCAUGAACAUACCUAAAUUUUUAUUUGCCGAAACUAGCGAUAGUGAAAACAAUGAUAGUGAAUCUAAUAAUAGUAUAGAUUCUGAUAUUCAAAAAGAAUAUAAUUUUCACGGUAAAAAUAUUUCGAAGUUUUCCGAUGAUCAUGUACCAGGAGAUGAAUGUAGAGCAUCAGAAACGGAAUCAUCAGAUCCAGAUGAUAAUGGAUCAGAUAUGGCUGAUUUUAUAGCUGAUGAUGAUGAAAUUGAAGAAGAAGAAGAAGAAAAUGAAAGUGAAAGUGAAGAGAAAGAAAAUGAAGAAAUUGAAGAAAAGGAAGAUGAAGAAAGUGAAAGUGAAAAGAAAGAAGAUGAAGAAAUGGAAAUUAAACAUAAAAAAGAUGAAAUUGAAUAUGAAUUAGGCAAUAAAGAAAAUGUUAAAGAAGAUCAGAAAAAUAAUAAGGAAAAAAUGCAAAAUCAAAAUAUUGAAGAAUCAUUAAUAUUUACUGAAAAAGUACAAAUAGAUAAUGUAUCAAUGACAUAUAAUAUAACGCUAAAGAAAAAAUUAAAAAAAUUAAAAUGCAAUGAAAGGCUUGCGCAUAGAAGUCUUCCAUCUGAAUUAAUUGAAUUUGUAACAGAAACAAAUCUAUCAAGGCCAAUGUCAUCUAAAGUAUUAGGAUUAAAUAAAACAACAUCAGUUUUGGGAAGUGACAUACCUAGAACAAGAUAUUUGAAGAAAGAUAAAUUAAAUGAAAGUGCACCAAUACUAAAAUCAGAUACUAUGUUCAAAGAAUUAACAAAUACUAUUAAUAGUAUGAUGUACAGAUAA